CUAUCAACAUUUAAAACUUUAUUGUCUCCUUUGUACCAAAUCCCUGUAAAUCUUCCACUAGCCUUUUCUCAUUUUCAUCUGAAAAGCCUGUUUGGGCUGAAUAGACAGCAAUCAGCAGCCUCUGGACUUCUCCCGCUCUCUGGAAUGUCAAUUAAAAUGCAGAUUUUUUUUCCCCCCUCCCCGAUCUCUUGGUGGCUAAAGACUUGAGAAAAACAGGAUAGUCCUGGAAAGCAAAUGAAAGAAGUUCAAACAAUGAAAAAGUACUGAAGCUGCCAGCCGGUUCCCAUUAGUCCUUCAGAAUUAAUGUUUAAUAGCUGUGAUGCUCAGAUUUGCUUGGAGAUUGAACUCUGCUGAAGAGCCUUGUUAGAUAUAUAUGUGUAUAUAUGUUUUUAUAGACGGAUGUAUAUUUCUGCAUUUUCUGUCCAUACACAAGUCCUCUGUCAGUGGAAUCGUGUGCAUAAAGCUGUUAGCUUCAAAGCUUCAUCUACCUGGAUUUUUCUGAUGAAGAUACUGGGCUUUUAGAGUACUGACCUUUAGUAGCUCUUUGUGGAGGGAAGACCCAUAUUCACUCAGAUUUUGCUAUUCCCCGCCUAAUUGAGAAAGAUGCUGAAAAGUUAUACAGUGAGCAAUGUAUUGAUUUGGUUAACAUACUCUACAAAUCGUACUGUCCCUGGGGAGUGAUAAACAUCUUAUAAACAACAAUGCAAGUAGAUUAAAAAGAACACUGAGCAUUGAAUUUAAUUAGUGCCACUGCUGAACAAGUACUACUUGUUUGUGUGUGCGAGUGUGUUUAAACUGAAGUACAGCUUGGAGGAAUUUGGUUGGGCUCCCAAACCAGUCUGCUUUCCCAUGCUUGUCAGUUUGGCAAAGAAAAUUUGGGCAGGUAUGUGACGAGGUGAAAAUUGACUUGAUGAGCGAGUGGCAAGGAGAGCCAUCAAUCAUUGGGGGCUGACAACUCCUCCCCAAAGUGUAGGCUGAGAAGAGAGACAGAGUUCCCUUUCAAGGGGAAAAAUAAACACUACGUGUGGCUUUCACUGAGUCUGAGACUCCAGGAGGGAUUAUGGUAUUGUAGUCAGGAAGCCAGAAUUGUGGAGGCCAAAAAGCAUGCUGGGGCUGUGUUCCAAACAUUGAGAUAGAGGUACAUAAUUAUCCAGCACAGGAGGUCUUUCCAGGGAUUCGUCCCCCGGCAACUCUGGCAAUUAAACUACGAAAAGAAUUUGGUUUCGUUUCAUCUUCGCUGGACUCCACUUCUUUUGGGAGAGGGCAACCCUUGAAGGCUGUUUGCUGUCCUGGUGGUGGAGUGCUUUGGCUCCAUGGAUGGGUGCAGAGCUCUGAUUUUUGCGUUGUUGCACCUUCGCAAGCCGGGAUUUUGGGUUUGCUGCUGCCCUGUGGGUGAAGAAUCCCUUCUUUCUGCCGGCAGAUGUUGAGGUGCAGGAGGCAACAAAAAUCUUCAGCAGCAGCCGUCGUUCCAAGGGAGGAGGCAUUACCCUGGCCGAAGGCACAGCUUUCUCUCCAUGCUUCUCUAGAGGUGCUCAGAUGGGAUUAAAGUCCACAUGGAGAUAUGGAAAUGGACCAGGAAUUUACUCUAAAAAGAUGGUCAGCUGGGAUUCGGGUUGCCUUAUCUGCCUGGUGGUGGUCACCAUGGCUGGACUUUCCCUGGCUCGACCUUCAUUUAAUUUAGUUGUUGAAGACACCACGGUGGAACCCGAAGAGCCGCCAACCAAAUACCAAAUCUCUCAGCCAGAUGUUUACUCAGCCCUUCCAGGAGAGACGCUUGAGUUGCGCUGUCAAUUGCGAGACGCCGUCAUGAUCAGUUGGACUAAGGACGGGCUCCCUUUGGGGCCCGACAAUAGGACAGUGAUUAUUGGGGAGUACUUACAAAUUAAGGAUGCCACAGCCAGAGAUUCGGGCCUCUAUGCUUGCACUGCUGUUAGGACCCUAGACAGUGAUACUCUGUACUUCAUUGUAAAUGUUACAGAUGCUCUUUCCUCUGGGGAUGAUGAAGACGACAAUGAUGGGUCCGAGGACUUUGUGAAUGACAGCAACCAGAUGAGGGCGCCUUACUGGACACACACGGACAAGAUGGAGAAGAGGCUCCACGCCGUGCCGGCCGCCAACACCGUCAAGUUCCGCUGCCCAGCCAUGGGCAACCCAACGCCCACCAUGCGCUGGCUGAAGAACGGGAAGGAGUUCAAGCAGGAGCAUCGCAUUGGCGGCUACAAGGUCCGUAACCAGCACUGGAGCCUCAUCAUGGAGAGCGUGGUGCCGUCGGACAAAGGGAACUACACGUGCAUAGUGGAGAACCAGUACGGCUCCAUCAACCACACCUACCACCUGGACGUGGUUGAGCGCUCCCCGCACCGGCCCAUCCUGCAGGCGGGGCUCCCCGCCAACGCCUCCGCCGUGGUUGGCGGGGAUGUGGAGUUUGUCUGCAAGGUCUACAGCGAUGCCCAGCCCCACAUCCAGUGGAUAAAGCACGUGGAGAAGAACGGCAGUAAAUACGGGCCAGAUGGGCUCCCUUAUCUCCAGGUUUUAAAGGCUGCCGGUGUUAACACCACGGACAAAGAGAUUGAGGUUCUCUAUAUACGGAAUGUAACUUUUGAGGAUGCUGGGGAGUAUACAUGCUUGGCGGGUAAUUCUAUUGGGAUAUCCUUUCACACUGCAUGGUUGACAGUUCUGCCAGCUCCUGAGAAAGAAAAGGAAUACCCAACCUCUCCAGACUACCUGGAAAUAGCAAUUUACUGCAUAGGGGUGUUCCUGAUAGCCUGCAUGGUGCUGACGGUGAUCAUGUGCCGCAUGAAGAACACCACCAAGAAGCCGGAUUUCAGCAGCCAGCCCGCUGUCCACAAGCUCACAAAGAGAAUCCCCCUGCGCAGACAGGUAACAGUGUCGGCCGACUCGAGCUCCUCCAUGAACUCCAACACGCCCCUGGUGAGGAUCACCACCCGCCUCUCCUCCACUGCUGAUGCCCCCAUGCUGGCUGGAGUCUCGGAGUAUGAGCUGCCAGAAGACCCAAAGUGGGAGUUCCCAAGAGAUAAGCUGACGCUGGGCAAGCCCUUGGGAGAAGGUUGCUUUGGCCAAGUGGUCAUGGCUGAGGCGGUGGGGAUUGACAAAGACAGGCCAAAAGAAGCAGUGACCGUGGCAGUGAAGAUGUUGAAAGAUGAUGCCACAGAAAAAGACCUGUCUGACCUGGUGUCAGAGAUGGAGAUGAUGAAAAUGAUUGGGAAGCAUAAAAAUAUCAUCAAUCUUCUUGGAGCCUGUACCCAGGAUGGUCCUUUGUAUGUGAUAGUGGAAUAUGCCUCCAAGGGGAACCUGCGGGAGUACCUGCGAGCGCGCCGCCCGCCCGGCAUGGAGUACUCCUUCGACAUCAACAGGGUGCCCGAGGAGCAGAUGACAUUCAAGGACCUGGUGUCCUGCACCUACCAGCUGGCACGAGGCAUGGAGUACCUGGCUUCCCAAAAAUGCAUCCAUCGAGACUUGGCUGCAAGAAAUGUUUUGGUAACGGAAAACAAUGUCAUGAAAAUUGCAGACUUUGGUUUAGCCAGAGACAUCAACAAUAUAGAUUAUUAUAAAAAGACUACUAAUGGACGGCUUCCAGUAAAGUGGAUGGCUCCAGAAGCUCUGUUUGACAGAGUUUACACACAUCAAAGUGAUGUUUGGUCAUUUGGUGUGUUAAUGUGGGAGAUCUUCACCUUAGGAGGGUCACCCUACCCAGGAAUCCCAGUGGAGGAACUUUUUAAGCUGCUUAAAGAAGGGCACCGGAUGGACAAACCUGCCAACUGCACCAACGAGCUCUAUAUGAUGAUGAGAGAUUGCUGGCAUGCUGUGCCUUCUCACAGACCCACUUUCAAACAGUUGGUGGAGGACUUGGAUCGGAUCCUCACUCUCACAACUAAUGAGGAGUACCUGGACCUCAGUGGGCCUCUGGAACAGUAUUCCCCCAGCUACCCCGACACGAGGAGCUCGUGUUCCUCGGGGGACGACUCGGUGUUCUCGCCCGACCCGAUGCCUUACGAACCUUGUCUGCCCAAGUACCAGCACAUGAACGGGAGCGUGAAAACAUGAAAGGAGGAGCAAAGAGGCGAGAACAUCAAAGCUACCUGCCGUCUGCAAAGCUAAAGCUUUCCUCCAGGACCUUCACCUUUCUGCUUGUACAUAGGAAAUGCGGAAAAAAAAAAAAAAGGGGGAGAGACGAAAAAAGGAAAAAAAAAAAAAAAUUUGGAGGAAAGCGGUCGGAACCUACAUAAAGAUUCUCAUCACUUGCAGCUUUCAGAUGUUCCCAAGAAAGAAGAAUGUUUAUGAGCUGUGUCUAGAUACCCAUUGCUAUCAAUUUUCUGGCUUCCUGUGAGCUGCAACAGACUUUGUUUGUACAAUGGACCAGUCGGACUUGAGGCAAACUAUGGGUCUGCCUUUCUUGUUUAUUUUGUAAUAUUUGGAGAAAAUAUAUGUUGGCACACACUUACAGAGCACAAAUGCAGUAUAUAGGUGCUGGAUGUAUGUAAAUAUAUUCAAAAAUAUGUAUAAAUAUAUAUUAUAUAUAUUUACAAUGAAUUAUUUUUUGUAUUGAUUUAAAAAAUGGAUGUCCCAAUCCACCUAGCAAAUUAGUCUCUUUUUUAACAGCUAUUUGCUAAAUGCUGUUCUUACACAGAAUUUCUUAAUUUUCACCAUCCAAAGGUGGAAAAUACUUUGCUUUCAGGGAAAAUGGUAUAUCAUUAAUUUAUUAACUAAUUGGUAAUGUACAAAACAGUUAAUCGUUUAUAGGGUUGUUGUGUUUUUGUAAUUUAAAUGGCAUUUCUAUGCAGGCAGCACAGAGGACUAGUAGAUAUAUUGCUCAGACUUUACUAGUUUUCAGAUCUUUAAGAAAAGAAAUAUUUACAGUAUAUAACUAAUUUGGGGAAAUUAAACUUUUGAUUUAUUUGUGUUUAAAAACUGCAGUGUCAGAUGAUUAUUCUUAUCACAACCAAAUCCUUUAACAAGAAAGUCUUUUUCCUUUAAGGUCCAAAAAGCAGAGUCGUUCCACUCCCCAAAAAAAAAAAAAAAGAAAGAAAAUAAAGGACAUUUUGAAGAAGGUUCUUUAAGUAAGGAGAGACAUGAAUUGAUCUAUAACCACAGCAGAACAGACUGCUCUAAAAGGAGCUGAGCUUCUACCCUGAGUUGCACAUGCAUCAAAUUAUCCACAAUUCUCUUGCCUCAGUUGCAUAAUAGGUUCCAGACCUUUUGGCCUGGAUCUUUUGCCUUUAUCCCUCUAUUGUAACUUAAGUUAAAAAGAGAGAAGUUGUUUAUAAUGACAGCUUGCCAUAGGAAUAUCAGCAUCUUUUUAGGGGAUUAAUUCAUGCUGACUCCAGUAUUUCCUUCUGAACCAUUCCAUAACAGUAGGUGUAGCACUGGCCUCUGCUAGAAUAUCACUGUUGUUUGCAUCUUUUUUACAGGAUCUUGCAUUUUUACUUUCAGAACAUUCACUUUGAUAUGGCCAUGGAAUAUGAAUGCAAAUUUCACUGUUUAAUGUGGUGGUGUGUUUGUUUCGGUUUUGGUUUUUUUUUUUUUUUAAUAAUUUUUUAAUUGGGUAAAAUAAGUAUUAAAAUCUGUUAACUUUUGUACUGACAAUAAAAUGUUUCUACAGAUAUUAAUGUUAAAAUUACAAAAUAAAUGUCAUGCAGCUUA